AUGGGUGAAAGGAAACUUCUAGGCCCUGAGAUUGUACAGGCGACAGUGGACAAGGUCAAUAUUAUGCAGGCCAAGUUUAGAGCAGCACAAGAAAGGCAAAAGAGCUAUGCGGAUGUGGGUAGGAAGGAUCUCGAGUUUAAGUAUAUCUCAGACCCGUUACAUAUGUUAGAGACAUUGGAGAUUGAAUUGAGGGAUGACUUUUCUUAUGAGGAGCAGCCAAUGCAGAUUUUAGGAAGGGAAGAGAAAAGGCUUCACAACAAGACUAUAGCUUUGGUGAAGGUUCUUUGGAGAAACCACCUUGUCCAGGAGGCAACUUGGGAGCAAGAGGAUCCAAUGCGGAGUCAGUAUCCUUACCUCUUCCAAAACUAA